GCUACCCGGACCUUUUACUACGUGGGACUAUCGCUCCGUUUCCCAAAUAGUUCUGUCCCAAGAUGGCGCAGUACGUCAACAUUGUCCGAAGGGCUUUGGGACAACUGGGAGGUCACGGCGGUGUUCGAGGGUUUCUUCUUCAACUUUUCAGGGUCAACGACGUGAAGACAGGAGCCCUCAUUGGUGUCGACAAAUAUGGCAACAAAUAUUACGAGGAUUCGAAGCACUACUUCUUUGGACGUCAUCGCUGGGUGAUCUACACCACUCAGAUGAAUGGAAAGAACACUUUGUGGGAGGUGGAUGGCAGCAUGGUACCUGCUGAAUGGCAUCGCUGGCUCCACUGCAUGACAGACGACCCCCCCACCACGCACCCGCCCGAGCCUAAGAAAUUCCUUGCCGAGGUGCACCAGUUCAACGUGAGCGGCACCUCGCAGCAGUACGUGCCCUACUCCACAACACGCAAGAAGAUCCACGAAUGGGUGCCCCCCAAAGCCCAGUGACCCAAGACCCCGCCUCAAUAAAACCUUUGGCUUUCAUGA